UAUUCCCCCUCAAAGCAGUGUCGCCGUUGCCACACUCUCAGAACACAAGCCAUAAUGACAGUUCAACGGUUGAUGGCCUAUGUGCCACAGAGGGGGGCCGAGCGUUGGGUAAUUACCUACUCUUUUGUUAUGCAGGCUGCCAAUUCCUACUUGGCUGUCUAUGCCACCGACUCGGAUGCCUGUAUAUUUCUAGAUAUUGACAAUGAAAUCUCAACUAUGCCGGCAAAUGACGGGCCUGAGAAUGAUUUGGAUCUACCAGACUCUGGCGAUCUCGCUUCAUGGGCUGAUUCAAUAAUUGACUGGGAUAACAUUUUUCCCAAUUAUGAUUUGCAACCGGAUGACGGGCUCGCUCCGCCCUCGGGGACACUGCAGAAGGAGCAGAUGAUCAUCCCUCAUCUGUCCCAUUAG